AUGGAUUCUCUUCAGUUAACCUUUCUUUUAUGUCUUACUCAAGUGUUCUCUUUUACAAAAUGCCAGCUUCAAAAUAUAACCUCUUGCAAUUCUGCAAUCAACUUCACUUCUGGCAGCAUCUUUCCAGUCAAUUUGAAUCUUACUCUGGCUUCUCUAGUUGCCAAUGCUUCAAUAAGCGGCUUCGCCACCAGCAGUUUCGGUCAGGAUCCUAACAAUGCAUAUGGCCUAACACGGUGCAGAGCUUAUGUAAGUAAGGAAGAGUGCCAAACCUGUGUUGAAACCGCAGUCGGGAAGAUGCGCCAACUUUGUCCCAGCCAGAAAGAAGCUUUCAUCUUGCUUGAAAAUUGUUCGCUUAAAUAUUCAAAUCAGAACUUCUUCUCAACUGCUGACAGUUCUUCCAAAAUUGGAUAUUGUAAUGUUGUGAAGGCGAGCCAACCUGCUCUUUUUCAGAGUGUUUUGCUCAGCUUAAUAUUAAACCUUUCAUCCUCGGUCAUAUUGAGUCCUUCCAGAUUGGUAAACAGCUCUGCUUAUAUGGAUUCCAAAACGAUAUAUGCUAUGGUGCAGUGCACACCUACUUUGGAAGUUAAAGGCUGCUCGAACUGCUUGCGAGAUAUCAUCACAUACAUGUUAACAGGGUGCAACUUAAACGAAGGUUCUAGGAUAUUAUCUCUGAGUUGUGAUCUCCGGUAUGAGAUUUAUCUAAGAGAAACCAUUCUGGUUUCUUGCAAAUCAGAUGGUGGUCACAAUCAUGAUGAGAGCAUUAGAAGCAAGGAAUCGCUGCUGAUCAGUUUAAGGAAACUGAAGGAAGCAACAAGAAACUUCUCCGAGGAAUACAAGCUCGGCAAGGGUGGUUUUGGUUCUGUUUACAAGGGGACAUUGUCUAAUGGACGAGAAAUAGCAGUGAAAAGGCUAUCAAGUAGCUCAGCACAAGGGCUACAAGAGCUAAAAACAGAAGUCUUGCUGGUUGCCAAGCUGCUGCAUCGGAACCUGGUGAGGCUGUUAGGCUUCUGCUUGGAAGAAGACGAAAAACUUCUUGUCUAUGAAUUCUUGCCCAAUGGGAGCUUGGACAAAAUUCUAUUUGAUCAGAUCAAAAGGUUUAGCUUGGAAUGGGAGAGACGUUACAGAAUCAUAGUUGGAAUUGUGCGCGGCCUACUUUAUCUGCAUCAGGAUUCUCAGCUGAGGAUCAUUCAUCGUGACUUGAAAGCCAGCAACAUACUCUUAGAUGAGGAAAUGAAUCCCAAAAUCGCUGAUUUUGGUUUGGCCAAGUUAUUCUCUGGAAGUCAGACCCAAGGCAACACACUGCGCGUUGCAGGAACAUAUGGAUACAUGGCUCCAGAAUACAUUCAGCAUGGACACUUCUCCACUAAAUCCGAUGUCUAUAGCUUCAGUAUCCUGGUACUGGAGAUUGUGACAGGUCAAAAGAACUGGAGUUCCAACAAUCUAGCUAAUCUUCAAAGCCAUGCAUGGCAACAUUGGGCCAAUGGGACGGCUUUGGAGCUCCUAGAUCCAACCAUAGGUGAUCAGUUCCCAAGGUACGAAGUCCUGAAGUGCAUCCAGAUUGGCUUGAUGUGCGUUCAAGAUGGUCCUGCUGAUAGACCUUCGAUGUCCGAGGUGAUCAUGAUGCUCAGCAGUUACACAAUCUCUUCUCCAGCGCCUGCAAGACCAGCCUUUUAUGUCCCCAUGGAGAAAGAGGAACCAGGCUCAGCCAAGGGAUAUUCCAAUGGAUCUUCAAGUGAUCAGCUCAAAACUUCAUCUCUGCAAGGAUCUGUAAAUGAGGUUACAAUUAGUGAAUUGUGUCCACGCUAGGGAUCCAAGAAGAAGAGUCCUAGUGCCAAAUGCAAGGUGUC